AUGACACUGCUGCGCAUCCAAUUGCUGGUUCUGGUAUCAACCUAUUUGGGUUCAAAUUCUACUUCGCAAAUACUUCUUGCAACAGCAAAAGAAAAAAUAUCCACUGCUACUGGUGACUUUAUUUUUAGAGCCCUCAUAGAUCAAGGGUCUCAAGUAACGUUCGUUACAGAAUAUUGUGUUCAAACAUUGGGACUCAAGAAAAAUCCUAUUCAUUGUGUUAUAGACGGUAUUGGCUCAAUGACUUCCGAUGAGUGUACAAAUUUUGUUGAGCUCAAGCUUAAUUCGUGCAUCAAUUCCAAAUUUACACUACUUGUAAAGGCUUUGGUUAUGACUUCAAUAAGUAAUUAUUUUCCUGUUGCAAAACUUAAUUCCUCAUUUUAUUUCGACAUUGGCAACCUAAUUUUGGCAGAUCCUCAGUUUGCAGAGCCUGGACGCAUAGAUAUACUUCUUGGUGCAGAUGUGUUAUAUGAAAUCAUUCUUGACGAUAUUAUCAAGACUACUUAUGGCCCAUUGGUACAUCAAACUCAAUUAGGUUGGAUCCUUUCAGGACCAAUUAAAAACUCGAAUCCUCAGAACAGAGAUGUUCAAAAUAUUUUGACUUUUCACACUCAGGUGAAUAUAGACAACACUCUUCGAAAAUUCUGGGAACUUGAAGAAGUAUCUUCAGAACGUGUGCAAACCACUGAAGAAAAAGCUUGUGAAAAAUAUUUCCAAGAAACACAUUAUCUUUCUUCUUCUGGAAGAUGUAUUGUGAGACUUCCAUUUAAGUCAAAAGUCUUAGAAUACAUUGAUCUUAACCACAUGGAACUCUCAUGUAAUCUUAAUGACCUUUCUGAGUCUGGCAACCUUUUUAUUCUUCCGCAUCACGGUGUUUGCAAAGAGAGCAGUUCUACCACCAAAUUGCGUGUAGUAUUUGAUGGCUCAUCAAAGCCUCCAUUUUCUAAGGCACUUAAUGAAGAAUUACUACCAGGUCCUAUUUUACAAAACGACUUAUCUUCUGUCAUAUUACAAUGGCGUGCUUUCUUCGUUGUUUUUACUUCGGAUAUAGAGAAAAUGUUUCGAAAAAUCCUGAUACAUCCUGAAGAAACUAAGUUUCAACAAAUUAUUUGGAGGGAUGACCCUGCUAAGCCUCUGCAGUUGUACAAACUUUUUACCGUUACCUAUGGUACAACGUGUGCACCAUUUUUAUCCAUACAAGUGCUACAGCAACUAGCUGAUGAUGAAGCUAGUAAAUAUCCAAUUGGAUCUGAGAUUCUUAAACGAGAUAUAUAUGUGGAUGAUAUUAUUUCUGGAGCUGAUGACAUAAACAAAGCUAAAAAGAUUCAAUUAGAGCUCCAAAAGAUUCUCACAUCUGGUGGAUUUAAAUUAAGAAAGUGGUCUUCAAACUCACCAGAACUUUUAUAUGAUCUACCAUCUGAAGAUUGUGAAAUAUCAUUUAAUUUUGACGGAAAUUCCGAUUCUUCGAUUAAGGCUCUUGGUCUAUUCUGGAACCCUCAUUGUGAUAACUUUUUCUUUAAAAUAACACUCCCAAUACGAAGUUCGCUUACAAAACGCACUCUAUUGUCUGAUGCUGCUAAGCUGUUUGAUCCACUUGGGUGGUUGGCCCAAGAGGUGGUGCGCUGGCAUAGGAUGGGAUGA